AUGCGGCAGAAAGUUGGCGAGCACCCGGAGCUUCACCAAUUGAUUGAAGUGGUUAUGGACUUGGGUCGAAAGCCCUUGGCUCGGUUUCCCUCUGGGGACUUUGUGUUGUCGGAGCUUCCUAUUACGGUUCAGGAUCUUGAGCAUGCUACUUCUCAGGUUGGCGAUUUUGCCAUCGACAAUCGGGCAGGAAUUAGCAGGACAUUACACCGCAUUAGUGCCAUUAGGAAUAGAAAAGGUGCCAUCAUUGGUCUAACUUGCCGUGUUGGUAGGGCAAUAUGUGGCAGUGCUAGUUUGCUGCGAGAUUUGGUUCAAGAUGGUGGUUCUUUGUUACUCAUUGGGCCUCCAGGUGUAGGAAAAACAACAAUCAUCAGGGAAAUAGCUCGAAUGCUUGCAAAUGAUUAUAAGAAACGUGUCAUGAUUGUUGACACCUCAAAUGAGAUUGGUGGGGAUGGUGAUAUACCCCAUUCAGGAAUAGGCAAUGCUCGGCGAAUGCAAGUCCCCGUCUCUGAUUUGCAACAUAAGGUCUUGAUAGAGGCUGUUGAAAAUCAUAUGCCACAAGUGAUUGUAAUUGAUGAAAUUGGCACUAAACUUGAAGCAAUGGCUGCAAGCACAAUUGCGCAACGUGGAAUUCAGCUUGUUGCCACCGCUCAUGGUGUAACUAUCGAGAAUUUGAUAAUGAAUCCUUCAUUAGAGAUGCUUGUUGGAGGAAUACAGAGCGUGACACUAGGGGAUGAAGAGGCCAGCCGGAGGGGGGUUCAGAAGACAGUGCAAGAAAGGAAAGGACCUGCAACCUUUAGUUGUGGGGUGGAGAUAAUUUCAAAGGAUGAGUUGAGAGUUCAUCGUAGCUUAGAAACAACAGUGGAUACUAUCCUCUCAGGUCGUUUCCCAAAUUUUGAAGUUCGUAAAAUUCACUCUCGGGGAUCAGAACUAACUACUGAAAGGGAAAAUUUUCUUCACAGUUCCUUGGAUGAAGAGGAUGAAUAUGUUAUUGAAGAUGCUCCAGAUAUGGCUGACAAAGGAUUUGGCCAUAUUGAUUUCACUCCUGUGGUCUCUCCCAAUAUGCAAGAGGAUUCUAUGGAUGAAAGGAUACAACUUCGCUUGUUUGUUUAUGGGAUCUUAGAAGCAAGCGUGAUACAAGGGAUUAAACAGUUGAAGAUGGAUGAAGCUGCUGUCCAGUUCAUAGAUGAUAUCAGCAAGGCAGAUGCACUACUUGCCUUGCAAUCCAAGCUCAAGAAGAAUCCCCGAAUUCAAGCAGUUGCUAAAUCUUAUGGAAUACCCAUUUAUGUGACUAAGUCAAGCUCGUUGGUGGAAAUAAGAAAGGCAGUUCGGGCAUUAAUGAGUGAUCAUAAAGAUGGUUUGAAGGAUUAUGGGUCGAUAGACAAUAUGAAGUCAUCUGAGAAGAUUGAUGCUUUAGAGGAGGCAAGAAUAGCCGUUGAGCAGGUUGUAAUUCCAAAAGGGGAACCUGUGGAACUUCUUCCAAGGGCAUCUCACAUUAUAACUGCUCAGAUUGACCUUAUUCGAAAAUACCAACUAGAAGCAGAAAGAAUUGGUAAGGAGCCGGAUGUGCGCCUCCGUAUCCUUCCAUUUCAUACUACAACGACGGAAGAGAAUCAUACUAGCAAAAUAAUUGAUGCUGAUGGUGGAUUUGAUGACUUUCUCGGUACCAAUGAUAGGAAUGGUUCACUCUCCAAUGUAGACAGAUUACCAUUACUUCCUGAAUAG